AUGACGGCUGUGGAGCAAUGGGGAUUUGGAGGCAGAGGAACGGGAGGCAAGUUCAACGGCGGCAACAAUGGAUUGGGAGGCAAGUUAAUUGGUGGUAAAAGGGGAUUUGGAGGCAGAGGAACGGGAGGCAAGUUCAACGGCGGCAACAAUGGAUUGGGAGGCAAGUUGAUUGGUGGUAAAAGGGGAUUUGGAGGCAGAGGAACUGGAGGCAAGUUCAACGGCGGCAACAAUGGAUUCGGAGGCAAGUUGAUUGGUGGUGAAAUUGGAUUUAGAGGUAAGUUGAUCGGCGGCAACAAUGGGCUCAGCGGUAUUGGCGACGGCGGAGCUCCGCUGAUGCUAGGUGGUGAUGGUAUUAGUGAUGGAAUGAUUGGAGGCAAGUUUAUCGGUGGCAACAGCGAGCUAGGUGGAGUUGAAGCUCCUCCUGCACUCGGCGGUGUUAGUGGUGUUAGUGACGGAAUGAUCGGAGGUAAGUUGAUUGGUGGUAGCAGUGAGCUAGGCGAUGAUGGUGGUGUCAGUGAUGGGAUAAUUGGAGGCAAGUUCAACGGCGGCAACAGUGAGCUAGAUGGCGUCGGAGAUCCUUCAAUGUUAGGCACUGAUGAUGGCGUCGAUGGUGGAAUAAUCGGAGGCAAGUUGAACGGCGGCAAUAGUGAAUUAGGUGGCGUUGAAGCUCCACUAGCGGUAGGCGGUGAUGGUGGCGUUAGUGAUGGAAUAAUUGGAGGCAAGUUGAACGGCGGCAAUAGUGAACUAGGCGGCGUCGGAGCUCCACUUGCACUAGGCGAUGAUGGUGGUGUUAUUGAUGGAAUAAUUGGAGGCAAGUUGAACGGUGGCAAUAGUGAACUAGGCGGUGAUGAUGGCGACGACGAUGGAAUAAUUGGAGGCAAGUUGAACGGUGGCAAUAUUGGGCUAGGAGAGGUCGGAGCUCCUUCGGUACCAGAAGGUGAUGGUGGCGUUAACGAUGGAAUAAUUGGAGGCAAAUUGAACGGCGGCAACAAUGAGCUAGAUGGUGGUGAAGGUGCUAACGAUGGUGGUGAUGGUGUUAACGAUGGAAUGAUAGGAGGUAAAUUAAACGGAGGUAGGAGUGAGCUAGGCAGGGGCGAAGCUUCUCCGGUGCUAGGAGGUGUUAAUGAUGGAAUGAUGGGAGGCAAAUUGAACGGUGGUAACAAAGGCGAAGUUCCUUCGGUGUUAGGAGAUGAUGGCGGCGUUAGUGACGGAAUUAUGGGAGGCAAGUUAAAUGGCGGCGGCAACAAUGAGCUAGAUGGUGAUGGUGGCGUUAAUGAUGGAAUAAUCGGAGGCAAGUUGAGUGGCGGCAACAGUGAACUAGGCGGUAGCAAUGGCGUAAGCGGUGGAAUAAUCGGAGGUAAGUUGAAUGGCGGCAACAAUGAGCUCGGUGGGAUCGGACCUCCUUCAGCAUUAGGCGAUGUCGGCGGAGGCGGCGUUAGUGAUGGAAUAAUCGGAGGCAAGUUGAACGGCGGCAACAAUGAACCUGAAGGUGGCAGCGGUGGAAUAAUCGGAGGCAAAUUGAACGGCGGCAACAAUGAACCCGCAGGCGGAAGUGAUGGUGCCGGCGGUGGAAUAAUCGGAGGCAAGUUGAACGGCGGCAACAAUGAACCCGCAGGCGGAAGUGAUGGCGCCGGCGGUGGAAUAAUCGGAGGCACGUUGAACGGCGGCAACAAUGAGCUUGGCGGUAUCGGAGGUCCUUCAGCAUUAGGCGAUGACGGUGGCGGAGGUAAGUUGAACGGGGGAGCUCCUUCAGUGCUAGGCGAUGACGGUGGCGACAGAAACGGAAUUGGAGGCAGAAGCGAAGACUUGGGCAGAGGAAGGAAGGCGGUCGAGCGUCUGGCGGCAUGA